AUGAAUCACCUCAAGGAAGUCUUCGCUCACUGCCAGCAGGAGGGGCGUCCGGCCCUCGUCACAUACGUGACCGCCGGUUUCCCCACCGCGGAGGAGACCCCGGAUAUCAUGCUGGGCAUGCAGGCUGGUGGCGCCGAUAUCAUUGAACUCGGUCUCCCCUUCACCGACCCCAUCGCCGACGGUCCCACCAUCCAGAAAUCCAAUCUCAAGGCCCUCGAAAAUGGUGUCACCAUCACCUCCAUGCUGGAGAUGGUCCGCACCGCCCGAAAGAAGGGUCUGACAACGCCCGUCUUGUUCAUGGGCUACUACAACCCCAUUCUCCGAUACGGACAGUCACAGUUGUUGACCGACUGCAUUGACGCUGGAGUCAACGGCUUCAUCAUUGUGGACUUGCCACCAGAGGAAGCGGUUCGUUUCCGCAACGGCUGCACCAGCUCUGGGCUCUCUUACGUGCCCUUGAUCGCCCCAUCCACAACCGAAGAGCGUAUGAAGUCUCUGUGCCAGAUUGCCGACUCCUUCAUAUAUCUCGUCUCGCGCAUGGGUGUCACCGGUGCCACGGGGACUCUCAACGCGGAUCUGCCUGCCCUCAUUCAGCGCGUCAAGGAACUCUCGGGCAAUGUCCCCGUGGCCGUCGGAUUCGGUAUCAGCACUCGCGAGCACUUCCUCAGUGUCACGUCCGUCGCCGACGGCGCCGUCAUCGGUAGUCAGAUCAUCACCGUCCUCCAGGAUGCCCCCGCGGGCGAGGCCGCCCGUGCGGUGGAAGAGUACUGCUACAAGAUCACCCAACGAAAGGGCGUGGCCAGAAAGUACGUGCCUCACAUCCCCGCCGCGGUGCAGGAUGGGACGGCGUACCCAGACAAGGACGGGCAGUCCACCGCGACGACGGAAGGUUCCGGCAAAUUCGGUGUGUUUGGUGGACAGUAUGCCCCCGAGGCCCUCACAACGUGUCUGGCUGAACUCGAGGCCGGAUUCGAGGCCGCCGUCAAGGAUCCCAAGUUCUGGGAGGAAUACCGCUCAUACUAUCCCUUCAUGGGCCGACCGUCGAGCUUGCACCAGGCCCAGCGUCUGACCGAGUACGCGGGGGGUGCGAACAUCUGGCUGAAACGUGAGGAUCUGAACCACACGGGGUCGCACAAGAUCAACAAUGCCCUCGGUCAGAUCUUGGUCGCCCGGCGCCUCGGCAAGACCGAGAUCAUUGCUGAGACCGGAGCCGGCCAGCACGGUGUGGCGACCGCGACGGUGUGUGCCAAAUUCGGCAUGAAGUGCACCGUCUACAUGGGAGCGGAGGAUGUUCGCCGCCAAGCCUUGAACGUGUUCCGUAUCCGUCUGCUGGGAGCCACCGUCGUCCCCGUCGAGGCCGGCGCGCGCACCCUCCGAGACGCGGUCAAUGAAGCCUUCCGAGCCUGGAUCACGCGUUUGGAUACCACCCACUACAUCAUCGGGUCCGCGAUCGGGCCACACCCCUUCCCGACCAUGGUGCGCACCUUCCAGAGCGUGAUUGGCGAUGAGACCAAGGCGCAGAUGGCCGAGCUGGGCCACAAGGUGGAUGCCGUCAUCGCCUGUGUGGGCGGAGGCUCCAACGCCGUCGGCAUGUUCUACCCCUUCUCCAAGGACCCCUCGGUCGAACUGGUCGGCGUCGAGGCGGGUGGUGACGGGGUGGAUACGCCCCGACACUCGGCCACCCUGGGUCGGGGUUCCGUCGGAGUUCUGCACGGUGUGCGCACCUAUGUCCUGCAGGACCAGCAUGGUCAGAUCACCGAAACCUACUCGGUCUCGGCCGGUCUGGAUUACCCCGGAGUGGGUCCCGAACUCGCGGGCUGGAAGGAGAGCAACCGCGCCACCUACACGUCAGCCACCGAUGCGCAGGCGCUCGAGGGUUUCCGGUUGCUGAGCCAGUUGGAGGGCAUCAUCCCGGCGCUGGAGACCUCCCACGCGGUCUGGGGAGCGGUGGAGACCGCGAAGCGGCUGGGUCCUGGCAAGAACCUGGUGCUGUGCGUGAGUGGCCGUGGUGACAAGGACGUGCAGAGUGUCGCCGACGAGCUCCCCAAGUUGGGCCCCAAGAUUGGCUGGGACCUGCGCUUCUAA